AUGGCAAUACCCUCUGCAACCUGUUCACCUCAUGCUGGCAAAGCUCUUGGCGAUCUCUCUCGCGGCCACGCGGACGAUUACAUAUAUCCGGUGCACCUACUAGACGGCGCCGAGUACCAACACUGUAUUCUCACGUUAUUUAUUAAAUUCAACGACAUCCUCGAUGCUGGGAAAAUCAAGGAUUCUCUCACCAGACUGCUAGAAAUUGACGAUUGGAAAAAGUUGGGUGGCCGAUUCAGAACCAAGGUACACGAGGCGAGUACGCUCGAAGCAGACAGCCGGAAGCCAAGUAAGGCGUUUGAAAUCCAUGUCCCCAGAAAAUACACUGCCGAACGUCCAGCAAUCCAGUUCGCUCAGGAAGCAUAUGAUGGAAGCAUUUUCGAGCACCCUUUCGGCCGCCAGCUGCCUCAAGCUUCACAUGAUGGAGUUGCACUCAGUCCACCUCUCGACGAGCUUCGCCCAUUCGGCCACGCCCCUGGGUUCCCCAUGACGAUGGCCGAUCUGGUAGACAGGGACGCCCCGCAGCUAUCUUUCAAAGUCAUCACCUAUACCGAUGCGACGAUCUUGGCCAUCACCUUUUCUCACUGUACAUGGGACGUAUCGGGCCUACAAGGCUUCCUGAAGUCGCUCGGGCUGGUGCUAGAUGGACGGGAGGAUGAAGUGCCACCAAUGUUGGGCGCGAAGGCUGACAUACUAUCGGAACUGACUAGCCACUACGACGGCUCCGGUUGUGACCCUGAAUUGUUGACCGUACCAGGAGAGACAAAGGCGAUGGGGCAGCCACCGGCACCGAAUGCAGCCCUGGAGCAGCGUAUAAUCCGGGUUCCGUUGGAAAACAUGCAACGGCUACAUAGUCGUGUUGCCCUAGAGAAUCCGACAGAAGACGAAGACGUGUUGUCGACGUACCAACUUGACGAGCUCUUCCUAGCCUUGAUUGUGCAGCAAAUCGCCAGAGCGCAGGCCGUACCACGCGCACUGAGGUUGCUCAACGUUUUCAACGCAAGGCUAGUUGUGCCACGCUUAGCCAAGGCAAGGGGCAUUUAUAGCCAGAAUCUGGUCCUGCUCACGCCUCAAACCCUAUCUAAUGAGGCCGCGACAGGGCCUAUGGGUCCAAUUGCGCUCGCCCAUCGCGAAUGCCUCGCGCAAUGUGCCGAGCCUCAAAGCAUAACGAGGUCCCUGCAUACGGUAUUGGGCGCGAUUGAAUCCGAGCUCGACAUCACGAGAUUGAUGGACAGCACGGAUGCAGAUUCCGUUCUGGUAAACAACUUGGUCCGCCUGUCCAGCCAUAUUGACCUCGAUCUCAGUUCUGCGGUAGUUCGCCAGGGUGAAAUAUCGGCGACGAGAAGGAACGGGCUGGGGACUGCCGACUCGUGCUAUUUGACUCUGCCUCCCAACUCGUACGGCAUGAUGCGGGUUACCACCCUAGGAAGUUACAAUGGCAAUUCCUGCUGGAUGAUUGGGGAACUCCCUCCACGGGCUUGGGAGUUGAUUUACGAGGCUCUGGAUGAUCUGGAAUGGUGA